AUGUCGUCACUGCAAAAGGAACUGUUCAAGAAACGAAAUGCCGCCGAGGAAACGAAUGAGCAAAACGAAAAUGACGAUUUAGCACCCCUUCAAAGCCCUUCAUUGUUCAAACGUGGUCAACCUUCAGCCAAGUAUGCGCCUGUUUCUUGGGACAAGUACUUUGACACCUAUCAAGAUCUUAUCUACGUCUUUCGUGUCUAUAGAAUCAAUGGAUCAGCCAAUGCCAAUACCCCUGUGUUUAUCUUCCAUCAUGGUGCCGGCCAUAGUGCUCUCUCGUUUGCAUUGACAGCCAGCCACAUUAGGGAAAUGACUGAUGGAGAAUGCUCGAUUGUUGCCUUGGAUGCACGUGGACAUGGUGAUACGCAAACAAGCAAUGAUACCGAUUACUCGCUCAAUACGCUCAGCGACGACCUCGUGAAUGUUAUUCAGGCUUUGUACAAUGGCCAAGAGACAACACCGGAUCUGUGCUUGGUUGGUCACAGUAUGGGUGGAUCGGUCGUCGUUGAUGUCGCAUCACGUAAGCGAUUAAAGAACGUGGUCGGUGUAUGCGUAUUGGAUGUGGUAGAAGGUUCGGCGAUGGAUGCGCUUUCUUCCAUGACAAGCAUAUUGAACACUCGGCCUCAACGCUUUAAGAAUAUUGAACAAGCAAUACAAUGGAGCGUGAGAUCCAAUACAGUAAGGAAUUUGGAGUCGGCAAAGGUAUCAGUGCCACCGCUUGUAAGGUCAACCGACGACAAUGCUUUGGGAUGGAGAACCGAUUUGAUCAAAACCAAACCUUUUUGGACAGAAUGGUUUACUGAUCUUUCCAGCAAAUUUUUGGCUUGUCCAGCUGCCAAGUUGCUUAUCCUUGCAGGCACCGAUAGAUUAGACAAGCCAUUGAUGAUUGGGCAAAUGCAAGGCAAAUUCCAACUACACAUCAUCCCCGAAGCAGGUCACUUUUUACAAGAAGAUGCCCCCGUAAAUACAGCACGAAGCCUCGUAGAGUUCUGGAGACGUAACAAACGACUCGUACUUCCCCCCAAAGUGCAAAUAAAAUAG